UAGGUUUCUCCCUCGUGGCCCAGGGGCAAAAGGGCGUCAAGUGGUCUGAACUGAUAAAAAUUGUGAUGUCUUGGUUCGUCUCUCCACUGCUUUCUGGUAUUAUGUCUGGAAUUUUAUUCUUCCUUGUUCGUGCAUUCAUCCUCCGUAAGGUAACCUUUCUACUUACGACCUCUCGUGAGUCAUUCAGUCUUGUUCAGACUCCCUGGUAUUCUUUCAGAUGUGAGUGCUAUGUAAGUAUGUGGCUUUGGAAAGCUAAAAAGUUCUUUGUUCUGUACCUCCUGUAUGUUGUGGCUUUCUGUGAAAGAAGCAAGUUUUUAAUACCCUAGAGGGCAUUCAGGAAGGAAAAACUGGGUGGUUCUAUGGGCUGCCAAGAAAUAGGAGAGACUGGGAGUCAGAAAUAAGGGCAUUUGUUGUAGGGAGCUUUGUCUAGCCUUGAACAGGUUCCUGCCUUAUCUAAACCACUGUUACGUUCAGGACGAUUGGAAUUGUAACCAUUGAGUUCAGCAUGUCACAGUAUCCUGUGCUUUUAUAAGCUGCCACUUCAAUAGGUCUCUCCCCUGCUAAUUACUAACUGCGCAGAAGCUUCUAGAUGAGGCCCCUACUUGUAGGGCCUCUGCUUUCUCAGGUAGAAAGAGCAGGUAAGGCAGGUUGUUAGUUGGGGUUUUUUUGUUGUUUUGUUUUGCUUUGCUUUAAAAUUUGAGGUAGCCAUUGAAUUUUCUCACUAUUUGAAAAACCCUUUUGAGAGACCUAGUGGCUUUUUUUUUUUUUUAAUCAUAGAGUCUGAUCCUUGCUUCUCAGUAAAUGUAGACAACAAGGGAUUAUGUUGGCACUGGACUGAAUUACAGAAAGAAUAAAUGAAUUUCUCUCAGGAGACAGAGUUGUCCUAUUUUCUAGGUUGAAAGGCUCUUAAGAGUCCUUUGUUACGUUCUUUUAGAAGUCCCUAACCUGUAGAAAUCUGAGGGGAGGUAGGAACCUUAUCACAGUGGAAAGAGUAUGUUUAGACCCUACUUCUUGAUCUAGUUCUGAGAGUCUCCGGGGAAUGAUGUAUGUCUUUGUUACUUCAAUAAAAGUCCUUCCCUGACUCCUUCCUGAUUCAGUAUACUCACCAUUGCAUGUCUGGCAGAACAUGUUUAACAUGUUGAGCAUUAGAAAUAUCUCUAACUGGCAACUGACCUGGGCUCAUGGGGGCUCAUGGGGGCUCACGGAGACUGAACCACCAACCUGAGAACUUGCAUGGGACUGGCUUGGUCUUCUUGUGGGUCUCCUAAUAGUGGGAGCAGGGGCGGUCUCUGACUCUGUUGCCUGCCCUUGGGACCAUUUCUUCCUGGGUUGCCUUAUUCAGCCUACAUAGGAGAGAGGUGCCUAGUCUUGCUACAGCUCAAUUUGCCACUGACUGAUAUACAUGGAAGGCCUGCACAUUUCUGAAAGGGGCAGAGAGGAGAGAGGGGAAGCUGAUUGGGCUGUGAGGAAAUUAACUGAUUAAUUAAUAAUACAAGUAUUAGCAAAUAAAAAAGGAAACAUCUCUGGCUUGUCACAGUGUGACUGAGUAAACAGUUCACUGAUGCUCGAUGGUAUUCUUGCAUCCAGCAAGCAGGUAGAAUUAGCAGUCUGCCCAUUCCCCUAACUCUGUAGUAUAUGGUAAUUUGAUUCCCAUGAGUACUUAGUAAUCCAAGUUUAGUGUUCCUGUUAGAGCCAUGUAUCUCUCUCAGUGUGCCAGAAAACCAGAAUAAUUAAUUGGAUGUUGUUUGGAUUCCUUUUCUAUUAAUGUUUAUGCUGGCCCCUGUGAUUAUUGGGAAAUAGAUCAUUCUGAUUCUGAUGAGCCUCGUCUUCGCUGGUCUCAGUCAUUCCCUGAGUGGGGAACAGAGGUGCAAAGAGGGAUUUCUCAAUGUCCUGACCCUCUCAUUGAGGAUGUAUGGCAUGGUACUGGGAGUUCAAGUUGGCUAUGUUAACUAUUCUAUUUUAUGAGCUCAUGUAGCCCAGACUGGCCUUGAACUUCUGGUCCUCUUGCAUUCACCCCCCAAGUUCUUGGGUUACUGGUGUGCCGCCACUCUCAGCUUAGAGAAUAUUUCUUAUAAGAGUAUGCAAUGGGCAUGAUCAAGAAUGAUGGAUGUCUAAUACAUUGCUGACUUUGAGUUUCCUCCCCUCUCGCCUGUCAUAUGGUCAUAGUCUCUCAGUAACAGAAGAGGGACCCCUUCUUGUCUCCCUCUGUAUAACUGAGUGAGGUAUAUUCACGUAAUUUCCAAGUAAAGCUUGGUCCCAUUCUUUCAUAGAUUAGGCUCAAAAUAGUUCCCAGAAGUCUGUUGACUUGACUGAAAGACCUAGUGCAUAGCUGGCUUUAUCUCUGUUAUGUAUGUAAAAGACAAAUAGGUCACAUGAUAGAAAACCAUUUUAUGAAAAUCACUAGCCUAGUUACCUUUUGGGAAGAACUGGGAGGAGGCUAGAAGGGAGAGACCAUCCCUAUUUUUAUCAUUUUUCUUGACUCUAACAAGUUUUUUUUUUAAUCAGUUAGUGUAUUUCACAGUGUAUUAAGACUAGUCAUUCCCUACUCUGUCCCAAGCUAUAUACUCUUUAUUUUAAGUUUAUUGAUAUUUUCCAUUAAGUCUGUAGUGCAGGUUGACUUUGAACUGGGGGUGGGAGUGUCUUCGCCAUGUUCAGUGCUGUAUUACAGGUAUAUAGCACCUUGUCCACCUUUUGACCCCAAGGAAGAAAAUACACAAUGUAGGCAGCUUGUUACCUGAUGAGUCAAUUACUAAAUAGCUUUUGAAAAUUUGGUAGGAGAGUCCCUCCCUAAUGUCUACAGAAUUUUCUUGAAAUCCUGGGUUUGCUUGUGUACCUCAGACUUUUGUCUGCCUUUAGGUGUGGCCUGCAGCUAUUUAGUGACUCAGGGGUGAGUCAUGGGUUCUGUAGGUUGUUUCUGGUCUGCUGUCUCACUGCUAGUGUCCUGGUUUUCAGUGAGGGUCUAUACUGAUUUGAAAAGCCGUCCUUUAUGCGGGGCUUUGUGCUUUCUCUUUACCGGCACUGAUUUUUAAGCCACCCCUCCCUCUCCCCAAAGUCUUAACUUUGGAAUCCCGUUUGCACCUCUGUCUUGUCCUUAGGAUUUUCGUGGAACUGUGACAGGAUAGCUUUAAACUUUUGUACUGAAGAUUUGGCUUUUCUGGAGGGUCCGUGUUUCGUUCUUUUAAGUGUUUGACUUGGAGGUUUUUCUGUGGGAUUAUCGGUAGUGCAUGCUUGUUGUAAAGGGACCGGUUUUCAUUUUCAGUGACACCAACCUUUGGUGAGUCUUAAAGUCUCACAGCUUUGCCUUGGGGUCUUUGCUUAUAUCCCUGCCCACCCCACCCACUAGUGGACAGGUGGCUUACACUUACACUCUGAGACAUUCUUAUGUCAGCCUCACUCCCAAACUUCAUGUAUAUGCCUCCCUCCUUCAUCAGCAUCCUCUUGCCUGUUCUUUUUUUCCUUUGACGUGUUUGUCAGCGUGUUACUGUAUAGUAAAAUAUGACACUCAGUUAUGUGAAAAUGGGGACAUGGUCUGGUCCCUCCUCUACUUCAGGGCCCUAAACAGUCUUUCUUGACAGUCACUUGACUAAAUGGAUGACUAUGUUUAUAGCUGAUUUAGCUUUGCACUUUAAUAAAGCCUUAUGUCACACUGAAAUAUAUAUCUGUAUGUAUACACAUACAUACAUACAUAUAUAUACAUACAUAUGUGUGUGUGUCUGUGUAUGUAUAAGAUGGUUGUAUAUAGCCUGCACAUUUAUUUUUAAUUUUGGAGGCAGAACAUCAGGAAAUGAGUAUUUUAACUUGUUCUGUUUAUCUCUUCAGUACAGUACAGCCUGGGUCCCGUGUUCAGGUUUACAGAUGGACUUUGGAUAAUUCAAAGGAAGUGAUUAUUUGGCAUAUCAAUCUCAUCCUUGUUAUUAAGAAUAGGAAGAAAAUGUUACCUAUGGAUAGAAGGUGACAUUCACUUUCUUUUAGGGAACAAAUGCAGGAGAAAGCUCAGUUGCCUUUGUAGAAAUUAGGUAGGAGGCUGUUAGCACCAUGAUUCCACAGCAUGCCUUGCCACAGUGUGCUAUGGAAAUGGAUCUACAUUUACAACUUUUAAGAUACUGAUCUUAAUGUUUUACAGGCAGAUCCAGUUCCUAAUGGCUUACGUGCUUUACCGGUUUUUUAUGCCUGCACAAUUGGAAUAAACCUCUUUUCCAUUAUGUAUACUGGAGCACCGUGGCUGAAAUCUCCUAGAAGGUGGCUGGCCUGCGCCCAUUUCAGAAGGCUGCAGGCUAGUUGCUGGGCUUUGACAAACUUCCUCUGUGGGGUACCAUCCUCAUCUCGGUGGGAUGUGCAGUUUUCAGUGCCCUUUUCGUCUGGUUCUUUGUAUGUCCCAGGAUGAAGAGAAAAAUCGAACGAGAAAUAAAGUCUAGUCCCUCUGAAAGUCCCUUAAUGGAAAAGAAGAACAACUUGAAAGAAGACCAUGAAGAAACAAAGAUGUCACUUGGCGAUGUUGAGAACGGGAAUCCCGUGUCUGAGGUGCCAUGUGCCACUGGGCCUCUUCGGGCUGUAGUGGAGGAGAGAACAGUGUCAUUCAAACUUGGGGACCUGGAGGAAGCUCCAGAGCGAGAGCGGCUUCCCAUGGACUUGAAGGAGGAGACCAGCAUAGAUGGUACCAUCAAUGGUGCAGUGCAGUUGCCUAAUGGGAACCUUGUUCAGUUCAGCCAAACUGUCAGCAACCAGAUCAACUCCAGUGGCCACUAUCAGUAUCACACCGUGCACAAAGAUUCUGGCUUGUACAAAGAGCUGCUCCAUAAGUUACAUCUGGCCAAGGUGGGAGACUGCAUGGGGGACUCUGGAGACAAGCCCUUGAGGCGCAAUAACAGCUACACUUCCUACACCAUGGCAAUAUGUGGCAUGCCCCUGGAUUCCUUCCGUGCCAAAGAAGGUGAACAGAAGGGGGAAGAAACAGAGACGUUGACAUGGCCUAAUGCAGAUACCAAGAAGCGGAUUCGAAUGGACAGUUACACCAGUUACUGCAAUGCUGUGUCUGACCUUCACUCUGAAUCUGAGAUGGACAUGAAUGUUAAGGCUGAGAUGGGUCUGGGUGACAGAAAAGGGAGUAGUGGCUCUCUUGAAGAGUGGUAUGACCAGGAUAAGCCUGAAGUCUCCCUCCUCUUCCAGUUUCUGCAGAUUCUUACAGCCUGCUUUGGGUCAUUUGCCCAUGGUGGUAAUGACGUCAGCAAUGCCAUCGGUCCUCUGGUUGCCUUGUACCUUGUUUAUGAAACAAAUGAUGUAUCUACGAAAGUGGCAACACCGAUCUGGCUUCUGCUUUAUGGUGGUGUUGGCAUCUGCACAGGGCUGUGGGUCUGGGGAAGAAGAGUUAUCCAGACGAUGGGGAAGGACCUGACACCAAUCACACCCUCCAGUGGCUUCAGUAUUGAACUGGCAUCUGCCCUCACUGUGGUCAUCGCAUCAAACAUCGGCCUUCCCAUCAGCACAACACACUGUAAAGUGGGCUCUGUUGUGUCUGUUGGCUGGCUCCGAUCCAAGAAGGCUGUCGACUGGAGACUGUUUCGCAACAUUUUUAUGGCCUGGUUUGUCACUGUCCCCAUUUCUGGGGUUAUCAGUGCUGCUAUCAUGGCAAUAUUCAAAUACAUGAUUCUGUAAGUGUGAAGCUGGGAUCAAAAUUUGUGUCAGCAUCUGGGACCACCACACACAUUCCUGUUCCUAGAAGAAUGCUCACAGUGUUGCCGAAGACAGACAAGGGUUAUAAAGUUUAGGAGCCAUGGGAGGAAAGUGUAAUUUACACUAUAAUUGCUUUUGUGCUAAAUAUGACUUGUCUCAAAAUUAGCUAUGUAAAAUAGCCGGGUUUCCAUCAGUUCAUUCUAAGGUCCCUUUUCUUCUGGGCUAUGAAUUCCUGUACAUAUUUCUCUACUUUUUGUAUCAGGCAUCAAUUCCAUUAUAUUUUAAUGUUGUCUGUAAGAUAAUUUAUGUGGGUUCUUUUUAAACAGCCAGGCAGAGCCAUUUAAUGGCACGUAUUCUGCUUUGUUGGCCUCACCAGCUUCUUCCCCAACAUGCACAGGGACUUAACAAACAUGUAACUGAAGCUUCCCUCGUAGUCUCUCAUAGAAAUAGUCACGGCACUCUGCCCCCUGUCGGUCGUAGCAGGUUCUGUUGACAUAUGAGGGAACUUAUUAGAGGGCCAAGAAACUUUGGCACAGUGAAAAUAAAAGUUUAUAGGAACUUCUUUGCAAGCAACUCAUGGACAUGUUGCUAAGAAGUAUGAAGACAAAGCCUCCUGGCAGUUGUGAUUCUUCCUUUUGAGAUUUUUGGCAGUGUGGGAUGGGUGAAUGAAGUGGGAUAUGAACUCUGGGCAAAUUCAAUGGGACAGCCUUCCAUGUUCAUCUGUCUACCUCUAACUGAAUAAAAAGCCUACAGUUUUU